AUGCAUACGGAAGAAUACGAAACUCUGCCCACGUCUUCCGUGUACGUGCACAUGACAGCAGGUGCAUUGGCCGGAAUUAUGGAACAUUGUGUGAUGUACCCGUUUGACUGUCUCAAGACAAGAAUGCAGGCAUUUACUCCAGGUCAAAGUGCCGGAGGAAGAAUGAGAGAUGUCUGGACUAAAAUGGUACGACAGGAAGGUUUUCUGAGAUCGAUUCGUGGUAUGAGUGUAAUGGUUGUGGGAGCUGGUCCUGCUCACGCAUUAUAUUUUUCAUGCUAUGAAAUCAUUAAAGAUAAGCUAUUGAUUUCGAGAAGUCACAAUGAAUUUAAUUUGACGGCGUAUGGAACCGCUGGUUUUAUAGCAACGAUUCUUCACGACGGUGUGAUGAAUCCAGCAGAAGUGAUUCACUUCGUGACUUAUGAAAUGUCGCAAGUCUUCACAAACCCAGGACACAUAUAUAAACCUUUGGCGCACAUGUUAUCUGGUGCAUUAGCAGGAGCUGUUGCUGCUGCAAUCACGACACCUUUAGAUGUUUGUAAGACGCUUUUAAAUACCCAAAACGGUGUACGUGCUCAAGAUACGAAUCUUUCAAAUUCGUGUUACACGAGAAACAAGACGAUGCUUAUUGUGGACCAGAAGUUGACAAUGAGGCAAUUGGUACAAAUCAGAAUCAGGCUGCCCUGUCUAGGUCUAGUCGCUUUCAAGACGUAA